CUCACAUUACGUGCGUUAAGUCGUUUGAGUGCGGUCAUGCGCUAUGAUAAUGGUGACUGUAAUAGUGUUGUUAGCUUUUGCCCUUUUGUUAUUAAUUUUGUGGACUUAUUGCAAAGUAAAUAAAGGUAUAUGUAAAUUCAGCGGACAUAUGGUUGGAAAAGUGGUUAUAGUAACUGGUGCUAACGCAGGAAUAGGAUUUGAAACAGCGAAAGAUUUAGCGCAAAGGGGUGCAUUUGUUAUUGCAGCCUGUAGAAAUGAAGAAAAAGGGAAGAAUGCAGUUUACCAAAUUAUCGAAUCAUCCAGGAAUAACAAUGUUCUCUUUAUACAAUUGGAUCUAGCAUCAUUCGCAUCAAUUAAAAAAUUCGUAGAAGAAGUUAUGAGAAAGGUUUCACGUGUGGAUGUUCUCAUAAAUAACGCUGGCGUAUAUGCAACAACAAAUGAAAAGACUGAAGAUGGUUUUUUGGUAGGAAUGCAAGUCAAUUAUUUAGGACCAUUUCUGUUAACUUCACUUCUUCUUCCAAUACUAAAAUCAUCUGCUCCGAGUCGCAUAAUCAAUGUUUCUUCAAUAGUUUACAGAUUUGGCAAAACAAAUUAUUAUAAUUUUGACAGUAUGAGAAGGAUUAGAAAUUUUACAGUUUAUUCCACUGCGAAACUGUUUAUAAUGCUUAUGACAAUUGAAUUAAAUCGUCAACUGCGAGGAAGUGGAGUAACAGUAAAUUGUUUACAUCCCGGAGUGGUAAACACGAACAUGAUCGACAAUAUUAAUAUAAGGGUUUUUAGAAUAAUUCUAAAAAUUCUUAAAUCAUUCUAUAAGAAUUCAUGGGAAGGAGCCCAAACAACUAUUUAUUUGAGUGUUUCGCCUGAUGUUAAAGAUAUAAGUGGACAUUAUUUCCAAGAUUGUCAUAUAGCAAAUCUUACAUCUAAGGCUCAAAAUUUAAUAGAAGCUAAGAAGUUAUGGGAUAUAUCGGAAAAACUUGUAAAAUUAAAAUAAAAUUAUCUAAAUAUAUAAUUAUGUGAACA